AUGCUGAACCUAAAUGGAAAUGGAUCCAUUUCCGUAACACCGACGUCAUUGGUAAAAGAGACGCCAGUCCCAAGUGGAAAUGGAUCAAGUUUAGAAAUACAGAUGUCAUUGGCAAAAGAGAUGCAGAGGCCGAUGCCUCUCCUAAAUGGAAAUGGAUCAAGUUCAGAAAUACCGACGUCAUUGGCAAGAGAGAUGCCGAAGCCGAUGCUGCGCCCAAGUGGAAAUGGAUCAAAUUUAGAAACACCGAUGUCAUUGGAAAGAGAGAUGCAAACGCUGCUCCUAAAUGGAGAUGGAUCAACUUCCGCAACACCGAUGUUAUCGGAAAGAGAGAAGCCCAAGAGUAGACUUCCAGCAUUUCUUGGAGAGAGUUUCAGUACUGACCUUCUUUCCUUUAAGACAAAAGAUAAAAAAAAAAUACUCUUCUUUCGCCCUGUUUCACUUUCGCAAUAUAUGUCUCUCCAAGCUAAAUGUAAGCACUGGUCUGUGGUUUUGUCAAUUUUGGCACUAGACUAG